AUGCGAAGAUCGAAAAGUGUUGGAAAUUUCGAACCAGAUCCGGAAAUCGAGCGCACUUUUCGAGUUAGAAGGCAAGAAGCAAGGAAAAAGAAAGAGGAGGCCAAGAUGACUGAUAACAAUAAUGCAAACGAAAAUCUCCAUGUUAUUGUUCCUAAUGAGUCAUCCAUUCAGGAUCAUGAGACUCCUAAUCCUGCUAAUUGCAUGUACAAGACUCCUGCGAUUGGUGCAACUCAAUAUAACAUCAAUCCCAGUCUUAUUCAGAUGGUGAGCAAUUCAGCUUUUGAAGGAGACAUUGAGAGAGAGGAUCCACACCGACAUCUAGAGCGCUUCGUGCAAAUGUGUGGUUCUUUCAGAAUCAAUGGGGUUACUGCUGAUCAAAUUCGUCUUCACAUGUUCCCUUAUUCUAUAAAGGGAAAAGCUUUGGAAUGGUUUCAACAGCUUUCAGAUGCUACUCUAGCUACUUGGGAUAAUCUUUCUACUGAGUUCUUAUCCAAAUAUUAUCCUUCUGACAAGACUCAGCAAAUGAGAGCAAUUAUUCUUACUUUCAAAGCACAACCAGGUGAAGGCUUGUAUCAAGCAUGGGAGAGAUAUAAGGCAUUGUUGAGAAAAUGUCCACAUCAUGGUUACGAAGAGUGGAUGGUUCUGAGUACUUUCUAUGGAGCUCUAAAUUCUGAUAUUCGGCUGAGUUUGGAUGUUGCAGCUGGAGGAAAUUUUAAAAAAGCACCUGUUACUCAAGCUAAGGCACUUCUCGAGGAAUUGGCCUCAAAUAACUAUGCUUGGGCACCUAGUGGUACAAGCUCAGUGAAAUCAGCACAAGACACUGAGAUGAUGAACUUGCUCACUCUAAAAUUGGAUGCUCUUACUCAGGAGGUUCGUGGACAAAGGGCAAAUGUCAAUGCUAUUUCUUCUCCGAUGGAAGGAUAUAUGGAUCCUAGUGUUAAUCAGCACUCUUAUACACAACAGUUUCCGGACGAAGCAGCUUUCAUCCAAGGAAGACAAUCAUGGCCUGUUCAGAAUAAUUCUUAUUACAAUCCAAAUCAGAGGCCCAACAACAAUCUUUCCUACAACAAUAAUCAUGCUGUUAAUCCAUCAUAUGCAGCUCCAAAGCAAAAUCCGCCUCCUGGUUUUCAACCACGUCAGCAGUAUCAAAGUCAACAACAGUUUCAACCUCUACCUAAUGACAAAAAAGAGCCUGCUGAUUGGGAAGUUGCACUCGGCAAGAUGAUACAAGGAACUACUGGGGCUUUUGCUAAUAUCGAGACUAAAUUCGAGAAGGUUGAGUCAAGGAUUGAUCAAAUAGCUUCGUCACAGAAGAUGUUGGAGAUGCAGAUUGGCCAAAUCGCUAAUAAGGUUGGUGUUCGAGAGCAAGGAUCACUGCCUAGUCAACCAGAUGUGAAAGAACACUGCAAAGCUAUCACGUUGAGGAGUGGAAGAGAAUUACCAGAAGUAAGAGCUCCCCAACUGAAUGAUGCAACUCUUCCUCCUAAAAAGAGAAAGUCAUAUCAAAAUACUGAGAACAUAGCGAAAAAGAUUGUGGAUGAGCCAAAAGUGGAGACUACACCAAAAGCUAACGUGAAAGAAUAUGUGCCUCCAAUCCCUUUUCCACAAAGGUUGACAAAUUGGAAGUUAGAGAAGCAAUACGCGAAAUUCUUAAAGAUGUUUCGGGAGAUACACAUUAGCAUUCCUUUUGCUGACGCUUUGGCUCAAAUGCCCCUUUAUGCGGUUGAGACAAUCAGUCUUAAUGAAGAGUGUAGUGCUGUUAUACAACGCGAGAUCCCUCCUAAACUCAAGGACCCUGGUAGCUUUUCUUUGCCUUGCACGAUUGGGAAAGUCGGAGUAAAAAGAGCAUUAUGUGAUCUUGGAGCUAGUGUGAGUCUAAUGCCAUAUUCUAUCUAUAAAAGACUUGGUUUGGGAGAGCUAAAGAAAACAAGGAUAUCACUUCAACUUGCAGAUCGAACUAUAAAAUAUCCACUGGGUGUACUUGAAGAUGUUUUGGUGAAUGUUGAUAAAUUUGUUAUUCCUUGUGAUUUCGUUAUUUUGGAGAUGAAUGAGGAUGUUGAGAUUCCGAUUAUCUUGGGAAGACCAUUCUUGGCCACUGCUGGAGCAAGUAUUGAUGUGAAGGCUGGCAAGCUUGCACUAAACGUGGGUGACGAAAAAGUUGAGUUUGAUCUAGAUCAAGUUAUGAAGGCACCGACACUUGAAACUGAAAGUUUUGAUGUGAAUAUUGUUGAAGAAGUUGUGAAGGAAGUCACUGAUGAUAUUCGCGAGAAUGAAGUUAAAGGUGAUGAAAACAAUUCUUUGAAAUUCCGAGAAGAUGAAUUAAACAAGAUGGAUUUGACACUUGGACCAUUUGAGAUGGUUUUGAAAGAGCCACCAUGA